AUGGCACCCGACGCGUAUACUUUGGAACAGGUUCUGGCAGUAGCCAGGUCUCACCCCUUCUACGAGAGAACCAUCACAUACCCUCCCGACCCAGCAACGAAACCGAUUUGCAAGAAAGAUCUGUACAAGGUGAUUCAGCGGCUGGUCAAUGAUGUCGAUCCCAAAAACACGUACCGCAAGGGCGUGUACACCAGUAUUACCGGUGGCGGGCAUGGAGGCACACCACUCUUCUUCGCGACUGAUGUCGCUGAAAACCGGAGACACAGAGCCACGUUUGGCCGAUUCCUCAGGGCAACAGGAGUAAUCGACCAGAGCGACUGGGUUCUGUCGACUCACUGCGCGGGCGACUUGUACCGAUCCUUGGAUCUCAUGCUAGAAGUUUCUGAAAACGCCGGCGCAACUGCACUGGCAGGGGGUAAUGUCAUGUCCCCAGCCGCCAUUGCUCGGCUCCUAAUGAGCUACCACGUCAACCUGCUGGCCGGUGAUGGAAGUCAGAUCAUCCAGGUGGUGCAUCACAUGUCGACCCUUUCUCCGGAGGAGCGGCAGCAUAUCAGACUAGACAAGAUCAUCUACACAUCCGAGGUCCUCACCGCUGCUCAGCGGCUGCACAUCAGAGAGACGCUAGGGGAUAGUGUUAGGAUUUGCUCUGUCCUGGGCAGCGCGGAAGCCGGUCCUUGGGCCGCCAGUAACCCAGAUAUAACCGGCCAAGAGGCGACGACAAGUACCGUCGACUUUGUCUACGACACAAGACACAUGCUGGUCGAGAUCUUGCCGGCAUCUUGCGCCGAGGACCUGGCAGACACAGACGAGCUCCCGGACGGCGAGAUGGGCAUCAUUGUCCAGACCUCGUUGUGCCGGCUGCGCAACCCUCUCGUGAGGUAUAUGACGGGCGACGUUGGGUCUCUUCACGCGCUCCCCGAGUGCGCACGCUCCGUGGUGUCGGAAGCGGACUGGCCACACCUCAGGAUUCUUCGCCUCGAGGGCCGCGAUAGUCGCUUUGGCUUCACGUGGGACGGAAUGUGCUUUGAAUUUGAAGACGUGGCCGCCGCUUUGAACCAGGAAGAGUUUGGCGUGCUUCAGUGGCAGGUCGUUUUGUACAAGAUGGAGUCGUCCCAGGAGGCGGGACUCGACGUUCGUCUGCUUUGCUCAUCAGCGGCAGGGGAGGCGCGUCUCGAUGACAGGAUACGACACUUCUUCAACGUGGACGCGUCCAAUAAGCACCGCUUUGGAAUCGUCCGUGUUGACAACUUGGAUGGGUUAGAGAGGAGUGCAACGGGGAGAAAGGUGAUGAAGUUUAUAGAUAGAUUUGGCUAG